AUGCCCGACUCCCACCGCCGCCGUGGCCGCCCACCUCUCACCAAGACCUACGCAGACCCCCUCCAGAGCCCCAUGGCCCACUCCUCCCAGCAAGUCCAACGCCUGGGCACUCUGGGCUUCACCAAGCCGCUCAUGCGUGUCCCUGCAGCCGCCCCGUCGCCUCUGCGCCACACCCGCCGUGCAGACACGCCCCGCACGCCUCACCGCUCGCUGACCAAGAAGGGCCGCUUCCGUGGCGUGCUUCUGGCCACGCCUCCACCACGCCCAGCCUACGCCUUUGUCCAGGGCCACUCCCUGCCAGAACACUCCCUGCCUGGCCACUCCCUUCCGGACCACUCUGCUCCGGGCACGGGCCUGGGCCACCCUACGCCGGACCACAGCGGCCCGGGCCACUCCACCCCAGCACGCCCCACGCCCCAGCGUUCUUCGCCCCACGCCAAUUGCAGUUCAAGCACACCCACGCCAGCCCUCCGUCUGGCUGUUGCCAACGGCCACGCCUCCAUCCGUGCCGCCGUGUGCGAGCCGCCCAGCGUACAGCCGCCCAGCCCGCCACCCACCGUGCGUCGCGACCAGGUCACUGCUCUGCUGCGCAAACUGCGCCACUCUGCGAAACCCAUCGAACCCGUGGAUGCUGCACAGUCGGGCCCUGGAGACUCCCCCACGCUUCCAGCCAUUGUGGAGUCUGCUGCGGUGUCCAAUUGUCCUUCCGGAGCACAGACGCCCGAGGCGGACGGCUGUGCAACCGCCUCUACAAACGCCUCCGCUUCCACCUCCGCUUCCACCUCCGCAAACGCCUCUGCAACUCCAGCCCCUCAAGUCUCCUCAGCAGCCGUCCCACUGGCAGCCCCUCAGCUAUUCCCCUCUCCCUUUUCUGCCGUGUUCAAAUUCUCAGGCACUGAUCCGCUAUUGCUGACAGACGACGCAGCAGGCCACUGGCAUGAUCUACUCCAGCACCAAUUGGCCCUGGCCUCUCCCCGUUCUGCCGCCCAUCAUGCCUCCUCAACAGCCCCUCACGCCUCGUCGUCGUCCUCCACCUCUGCCACCACCUCGAAUGGCACUGCCACAAAUUCAUCCCAACAAUCUCACCACAUCUCUUCUUUGGCAUUAUCCACUCCUCCUUCUUGGAUUUCGUUGGCUUCCCCUACAAAACUCUUUUCUCCUCUGCGUAAAAACUCAAUCGUCAAGACUCCCAAGCAACACCAACAUUCGCCGAUAUAUCGUAAAUUAAGCACGUCGGGCCUAUUCAACCCAAUCUCUUUAUCGCCGAAACAAGAUGCAAACGCCAAUGCAAUAACUCUCACAAACACAAUAGCAAUCUUGCCCCCUUGUACAAACAACAACACGACACCUAAACUAGAAGAACCUACCACUCCGAAAUCCAGUUUGAAAUUACCUGCUCUCUUGGAAUGCACUCCUUUGAUCCAACAAACAAUGAAUGGUUCGUUACCUUCUACGAAAUUCAUCCCGUCCUCAUUGAACUUGGAAUCCUUUUCUCCUUUGAAAGAAAGUCUUAAUUCGGUCGUUCCAGAACAAGACGAUGCAAGAUUGGCUUUGAAACGAUUGGUCGAUCGUAAUGCAUAA